AUGUAUCAGGUCAUAAUUCAAUUGGACGUGGUGAUAGCUCUCCAUGUACUCUUCAGCUGGUGCCAUGGAGGAAUUACAAAUAUACACUGCUCUGGCCACCUCUGGGUAGAGCCAGCCACGGUUGUUAAGAUGGGUGUGAAUAUCUCUAUAUAUUGCCAAGCAGCCAUUAAGAACUGCCAACCAAGGAAACUUAAUUUUUAUAAAAAUGGCAUCAAAGAAAGAUUUCAAAUCACAAGGAUUAAUAAAACAACAGCUCAGCUUUGGUAUAAAAACUUUCUGGACCCACAUGCCUCUAUGUACUGCACUGCUGAAUGUCCUGGACAUGUUCAAGAGACACUGAUAUGUGGAGAAGACGUUUCUUCUGGAUAUCCACCGGAUGCUCCUAAGGAGGUCACCUGUGUCAUUUAUGAAUAUUCAGGCAACAUGAGUUGUACAUGGGAUGCUGGGAAGCUCACCUACAUAGACACAAAAUACGUGGUGUACUUGAAGAGUUUAGAGACAGAAGAAGAGCAACAGUAUCUCGCCUCAAAUUAUAUUAACAUCUCCAUGAACUCACUGCAAGCGGGCAGGCGGUAUUUGGUUUGGGUUCAAGCUGCAAAUGCAUUAGGUAUGGAGGAAUCAGAACAACUACAGAUCCAUCUGGAUGAUAUAGUGAUUCCUUCUGCAUCCAUCAUCUCCAGGGCUGAGACUAUAAAUGCCACAGUAGCCAAGACCAUAAUUCAUUGGAAUAGUGAAACAACAAUUGAAAAGGUUUCCUGUGAAAUGAGAUACAAGGCUACAACAAACCAAACUUGGAAUAUUAAAGAAUUUGACACCAACUUCACAUAUGUACAACAGUCAGAAUUCUACCUGGAGCCAAACAUUAAGUAUGUAUUUCAAGUGAGAUGUCGAGAAACAGGUAAAAGGUACUGGCAACCCUGGAGCUCACCCUUUUUUCAUAAAACACCUGAAACAGUCCCCCAGGUCACACCAAAAUCAUUCCAAAGUGAUACUUGGAAUUCUGGCCUUCUAAUUUCUUCCACCUUGAAAGGUAAGCUUACUUCUGACAACAGGCAAGACAUUGGACUUUUAUCGGGAAUGGUCUUCUUUGCUGUUAUGUUGUCAAUUCUUUCUUUGAUUGGGAUAUUUAACAGAUCGCUCCGAACUGGAAUUAAAAGAAAAAUCUUACUGCUGAUACCAAAGUGGCUUCAUGAAGACAUACCUAAUGUGGAAAACAGUAAUAUUGUGAAAAUGCUUCAGGAAAAAAGUGAAUUUGUGACUAGUAAUGCCAAUGAACAGGUCCUUGAUGUGGAUCCCGAGAUUACAGAGAUAAGGGAACUCUUUAUCCCAGAAGAGCCCAAGUCCAUGGAUUGCAAGGAAAAUACAUGCUCCCUGGAGACAAGCGACUCUCUGCCAAAGUCACUGUUCACCAGCACUCCCAUUGUGUACAUUCCUGACCUCCACACUGGAUAUAAGCCCCAGAUUUCAAGUUUGCUCCCUGGGGGACAUCAUCUUAGCCAAAGCGAUGAACAGGACUCUUCAACCCCCACACCACAAGUGGAUUCCUUGGGUCUGGGAAAGAAUGUUAGGUUUAAAAAGUAUCCUAACUUUGGUUUUUCUGUCGCAAGUAUGAAUUCGCUAGACAACACGCUGGUUCUUGAAGAAUUAAGCCUCAUUUUAAAUCAGGGAGAACGCAGUCCCCUUGACCUACCAAACUCAACCAAGGGGGAAACGACCACAUUUUUGGAAAAUGAUUCACCCAGUGAUCCCAUUCCAGAACAGACGCUGCUGCCUGAUGACUUCGUCUCCUGUCUGGGGAUCAUGGAUGAGGAGUUGCCAUCUAUCAACUCUUACUUUCCACAAAAUAUUUUGGAAAAUCACAUCAAUACGAUUUCAUUCUUGGAAAAGUAA